AUGCUGGGCCGGGUGAAAGAGGAGGUUAUACUAAUCUCGCCUCGUAAUGAGACGCACAUCAACAACGAGCACAUCCACGGGGAGAAGAAGGAGUUUGUAUGCCGCUGGGAUGAGUGUUCCCGUGAGCAGAAGCCAUUCAAGGCCCAGUACAUGCUGGUGGUCCACAUGAGGAGGCACACCGGAGAGAAGCCCCACAAGUGCACGUUUGAGGGCUGUGCUAAAGCCUACUCACGCCUAGAGAACCUGAAGACCCACCUCAGGUCUCACACCGGAGAGAAGCCCUACGUGUGCGAACACGAGGGCUGCAACAAGGCCUUCUCCAACGCCUCGGACCGGGCCAAGCACCAGAACCGCACACACUCCAACGAGAAACCGUAUGUGUGCAAGAUCCCCGGCUGCACAAAGCGCUACACGGACCCCAGCUCUCUGCGUAAACAUGUGAAGACCGUGCACGGACCCGAGGCUCACGUCACUAAGAAGCAGCGUGCAGACAUACCGCCCAGACCUCACCCGCCCAAGGGCAGCGGAGAGAACGACAGCCACUCCAAGCAUGGUUCCAAUGGCGGAGACAGGACCGACCAAAGCAUCACCUCAAGAGGAGAGGACUGUCUGCAGCUUAAGUCCAUCAAGACUGAGAACUCUCUGACGUAUCACUCCAGCCCUGGUGGCCACUCGUCAUGUAGCAGUGAACCAUCGCCUCUCAGCAGCACCAACAACAAUGAUAGUGGAGUAGAGAUGGCCAUGCACAGCGGGGGCAGCUUCGGAGACCUGAGCGCCCAAGACGAAGGCCCCAUGAUCAACUCCACUGUCCAGCUUGGGGGGCAACACGCCGGGGUGGGGCUACAGUUAAGGAAAGCGAUGCCCCAUGGUUCAGUCACUAUCAAGCUGGAGAAUAUCAAAAUGGAACGCUUAAAGACUGUGAGGGACUCCUGCCCAUGGAGCAACUCUGCACCGCAACCUCCGCAAGGCCAGCACAACAUCAAGCUACCGGCCAUUCCUUCUGUUGGUUCCUUGCUGGAGAAUUCAAACCUCAGUGGCCAGUACCCAAGCCAGCGCCUCAACGACCCAUCCACGUGCGAGGUGACCCUUCUGAACCAGCUGAACGAGCGGCGGGACAGCACCACCAGCACCCUCAGCUCAGCCUACAACCUCAGCCGUCGCUCCUCCGGGAUCUCCCCAUGCUACUCCAGCCGGCGCUCCAGCGAGACCUCCCAGUACGGCAUGUAUCGCCACAACAAUAUCAGCUCUGCCGAUUCCUAUGACCCCAUCUCCACUGACCUCUCGCGUCGCUCCAGUGAGGCCAGCCACUGCGGAGGAGGAACUGGAAACGGAGGUCUUCCAAGUUUGUUAAGUCUCACCCCAGCGCAGCAUUACCGCCUCAAAGCCAAGUACGCUGCUGCUAUUGGAGGAGCCCCUCCGACACCACUGCCCAACAUGGAUCGGAUGAGCUUGAGAACCCGGAUGGCUCUUUACAAUGACUCUCAAGAAGGCCAGUCCCACAGUAUGCACCAUCUGUCUAAUGGGGCAGUCCCGCGAAGGUGCAGCGAUAUUGGGUACGGCCACCAGAGCAUGAUGCCUCACGAAGUCCCCAACAGCCUUCCACGUAGAGCCAGCGAUCCUGUCCGCCGUCCAGCUGGGGAUCCCAACGCCUUCCCGAGAAUGCAGCGCUACAACAGCAUGACCAAUAUGAAUCCCAUGGCUGUUCAAGAUCGCCAUCAGGGGUUAGCUUAUCAGGGCUACACUCGCUCCGACGGCAGCCUCCAGCGGUACCCCUUCGCCCCGCGACCUCCGAGCAUCUCCGAGAACGUAGCUAUGGAGAACAUGGCCGUGGAUGGCGCUAUGGCCGGGAUGGAACACAGCGGAGAGGAUGACAUUGUCCUUCCAGAUGACAUGGUGCAGUACCUCAGAUCUCAAAACCCGGGUUCAACUGGACAAAAUCCAAACUUCCAGGCCAGCAACCAUUCUCAGGGCUACCAAGGCAUCAUGCCCCCGCCGCCUGCAUCUCAUUACUCACAGAGAAGGAUGGCUAUAGUAGACACUGACAUGCAACCGUUUGCCAACUCUCAACAACCGCUAGCUCACCAGAUGAAGAAAAACAACAUGCCAGUGCAGUGGAACGAAGUUAGCUCUGGGACUGUGGAUACGACGGACAAGCUCUCCAAGCAGCCGCAUGCCCUCAGGGGGAACCUUGCAGUCGUACAGCAAAGGCACAAUUUUGGGUCCUUCUCGACUGGACAGGGGCUGAGCAGCAACCAGCAAGUGGCGCCAAUGAGCCAGAAUAUGUCCAUGCAGGGAUACACACACCCAAACAGCCAACGGCAAAUAGGCCAACAGCCUCAAAGGCAGUGCAAUAAUCCCAACCUUGCCGAGCAAAUGAGUCCUCAGCAAGGGUUUGGCCAGGAAAAUAUCCCAAUUUCUGGUAGUACGAGCAUGAGAGCAAACAGGAAUGGUAUGGAACUGCCAAGCUGCCGGGCAAGGACUGAUGCUUAUCCUCAUGUUAACCAAGAUAAUGGGUGCAACGCUGACCCUCAACAGCCAAAUAUGAACGGAGGUCGAGUUAUGAUGCAACCGAGACCUCCAGCAGAGCCCAGAACAAGGCACGUUGGACCUAUAGUGAACAGGAUUCCCAAGAUGGAGAUGAGUCCGUGUCGAGCAAAUGACACCUCCGAGGCGAGUCCAAAGAGGCCGAGCGGGUCAUUGGUCCAUAAUUCGAAUAACAUCUUCUACACAGGGCAGGUCCACAUGUACGAUCAGGCAAGUUUUGACGCACCGAUGUCCCCCCAAGCCGCGGUCAACCACGCCAAUGUUCCGGGCAACAUGGCUUCCCCGGGUGUCAACCAGGUUUCGAGCAGCACCGCAGACUCUUCGACCAAUGGGGCAGCCGAGCACGCCCAGAUUGACUUUGACACAAUGCUGGAUGACGGGGACCACUCCAGCCUCAUGUCGGGUACCCUGAGUCCGGGGCUUCUGCAGAGUCUUUCCCAGAGUUCCUCUCGACUCACAACUCCACGGAACUCAGUGACACUGGCGUCCGUACCGGCAGGGAUUGGUAACAUGGCCAUCGGAGAUAUGAACUCCAUGCUCACGGCGUUGGCAGAGGAGAGCAAGUUUCUUAACAUGAUCAGCUGA